AUGGCGAUCAUAAUCCUAUCCCGAGGACGAUGUGGACUUUCACGGUGUAUUACUUACUAUUUGUUGAUGAUAGUAGUGAAUGAUUUCAUUGUCAUUAUCACCGCUGUCAUCCUCAAUAGGAUCGGUGGCAUUUACUUCAGGGACAGUGUUCUUUCCACCACACCUGCCUGUAUGGUCAGCACCAUGCUUAUCUAUGCUACCCGCGAUGGGUCAGUCUGGCUGACUGUGGCGUUCACCAUUGACCGUUUUAUUGCCAUCUCCUGUCAGAGACUGAAGACCAGGUACUGCACUGAGAAAACUGCGUUGCUGGUCAUCGGAGGCGUUACUGUCAUGAGUUGCAUCAAGAAUGUCCCUUUCUGCUUCACCUACAAACCAUUGUAUACAUUGGAUGGAACUAGCUGGUUCUGUGAUAUCAAGUCUGCCUAUUACACAUCGCCUGUAUGGCAGGCCUAUGACUGGAUGGACCACAUUUUAACUCCUGUUCUACCAUUCUUCCUCAUUUUGCUACUCAACGUUCUGACCAUAAGGCACAUCCGAACCGCCAGCAGAGCCCGGAGAAGGCUGCGAGGUAAUGACAAUUGUGCAGAUCAUGAGAGUGCAAACCGCAGAAGGUCCGUUGUCCUGUUAUUCACCAUAUCAAUGAGCUUUCUCCUCCUCUGGGUAACCUAUGUUUCACAUUUCCUCUAUGUGCGUAUUACUGGUAAGGGCUACUUCACUGGCCUGGAUUUCAAGAAUCCAGACUUUAUUUUUCAAGAGGUGACGAACAUGUUUCAGUUGCUCAGUUCUUGCAACAAUGUCUUCAUCUAUGCAGUAUCCCAAACCAAGUUCCAAGAAGAUCUGAAGACGCUGUUGAUGUGUCGUUUCACCAUCCUCACUGGCUGUUUGAGAUGCCCAAAAGAACAAAAAUUAGCUCAUUUUGUAUCUCAAUGA